AUAAAUCUCGCACAACUAAACUCACUCACGGCGAGAGAAUCGUGUACGAAAUUGGCAGGGGGGGGGGCAGGGGAAAUUAAAUUUCGGCGCUGAUAAUCGUAAUGGAAAAAAUACUCCACUUAUCUUUACUAUCAGGCACAAUAAGGAAACGCAUAUACCACUUCGGGCAUAGAGACUUGAAAAUUGUGGUCGCUACUGUUCAAUGAUGGCUAAGAAUAACCAUGCAAUAGUUCUAACAGAAAACCAACAAAUGGUACUUAACGGAUUUUUGAGGCGAGCCGGCGUUGGUAAUUUUUCUAUAUCAUUAUCAUCGGGAGCAGAAGAUGGUGAAAAUUUUGGUGGAAUUAUAAUAGAAGCCGAUGUAGUGUGGACCAACGGAAAUAAGGAAUCGACUUCCCAUUACAUUCUAAAGUGUGCCCCGUCAAGUGAAAUUCUUCAAAGGCUGUUACCUGUGCAGUCUUCCUUACUGAUUGAGAUAUACGUGUACUCAAAAAUUUUGCAAGAGUUUAAUAUAAUUCAAGGAGAGUAUAACAUUGAAACACCAUUCGAUUGCUUCCCAGUUUAUUACGCGUCUUUGGCAGCAGCACACGACAAAAUGAUAGUAUUACAAAACGUAAAGGCACUGAAUUAUAGGCAUUGCGAUCGAGCUCAACCUCUGGAUUACCCGCAUAUACUAUUCGUAGUGAAGGAAUACGCACGAUUGCAUGCCCUCUCCUACGUGAUAAAGCACUACAAGCCAGCCCUUUUUGAAGAAUUUGAAAGAAAUACUGUACACCACUCUUCCUAUGACUGUGACAGCUACGAAGGCAUCGCCAUGUGUAGGCAACAUCGAUUGGGUCACGCUUUGAAGGCACUGAAGUCGAUUGAUGAUACUGCUCUGUUUGAGAAAUUCUCCUAUUUUGUCCAAAACGUAAUGUCUAUUACUACAAAGCUGCUCAAUUCCAAAAAGGAGCACCGAGUAAUUAGUCACAUCGACUGCGGUAUUCCAAAUUUGUUGUUUAAGUAUGAUCCUACCUCUGGUGAUCUUUUGAGUACCUGCAUGGUCGACUGGCAACACUCUCGUUUGGAGUCCCCAGCAGUAGAUUUGGUUACGUUCAUACUUUCCGCCGCUAGCAAAGCUACUCGAGAACGCUACGAUGAGUUAAUAAUGGAGUACCACAAGACAUUCUGUUCAUUUAUGAGGGAAUUCGGUUGUGACGGAGAAAAGAUGCUUCCAUUUGAUAUUUUACAAAGAGAAUUAAAGACUUACGGUCUAUUGGGACUCACAAUGGCAAUCAUGUUAAUUUACCUUUAUUCAACGAUUGACCAAAAGGUUCCCGAUGUACUCCGAACCGAGUCCUCUAAGGAGGAAUUUGGAUUUUUAUACAAUUUACAAAACCGGGAGAAAUUUGACACGAGGGUUAGGGAAGCAAUUUGCGACUUUGGUCGUUUCGGGUACAAUUUUGAGUGAAAUGUUUUCAAAUUUUUCAUUUUGUCAGCGUAUCAAGUGAUCAUGUGUGAAACAAUGUAAAUCCAUUAAA